AUGACAAUUCCGUCGCUCCCCUUUACAUUCGGUGACUUUUUUCGCUACCCUAAGCACUCUCAGCCCGCAGUCCAUGAUUACCUACGCAUACCAACCCUCGAGUGCAUCACAGAACUCCAUGCCAUCAUUAGAACAGGGACAUUUCAGCAAAUCGAAAGGGCUCUCGAGCGUGCCGGGGUCUCGCCCCGCGCCUCUAGUCUCGCCGUACUCUUCAUGGCUAUAGAACCGACAACAGGCAACUCACUCAUGCACACCGCUGUUAUUGCGCAGCGAAUCGAUGUCAUGGACUACCUGCGGGCCUUUAGAUCUCACAGACCCGCCGCAUACCGGCCGCCUCACUACGCCCUGUGGAGUCACCAGAACCACGACGGUAAUACGAUGCUCCACUCGGCGGUGCAGUCCGGCCAGAAAGAACUGGUUGUCGCCGUCUUCCAAAUAUUCCGGGACGGAAAUAUCGACGAGCUCGACGAAUUGCUGCGAUCAGAGGAGGCCGAUGAUUGGGGAUUUGAUAACGAUAAUGAAGAGGAAUUCCACUUGCGGCUCGGGGAGUUGGUGUUACUUCUUAGAGAAAACGCCAAGGGCAGAAGUGCUGCCGAUGAGGCACAGGCGCUUGGCCACACGGAUAUUGCGACGUGGCUGGAGAGGACAACGCAGCUUGAUGAUCCUCUGCGGGAGCGGAAUGAUCCCUCGAUUGUGCAGAUAUGGCGGGAGAUUUGCGACGAUCACUACGCUUUCUUAGAUGAAGGGGCUCAAGACGUCGCCCCUCCUCUCACGACGUGGGGAAGCGGGAUGGCAUAUUCGUAGGUGGCACAUUGAUACACGCAGCAGAACUUCUCCCGCGUUCCUGAACAAUAGAAGGCGAGAGUGCGAUAAGUGAAUCUAACGGAGCGGUAGUUCCACGUGGAUAAUCAAGCAAUAGCUUGGUCCCGCGCGAGGUUUAUUUGGGGCAGGUUAGACUACUAGCUGGAGGUUAUACAGGAU